CUAUCAGUACAUUACUGUCGCUUUCGUAAGUCGGACAAUAAAAUGGUUAAUACAUAUUAGUUGUUGCACAUUUGUUAACAAUUAAAAAUGUACAGAUUUAUUAAACGCGGUUUAGCGCCGAAAAACGCACUUGAUAAUUUGCAAAAAGGUUUUUCUAAUGAAAAAUUGUGGAAAAAUGGUGUUCGAUGUAUUACGCAAACAACAAAGUCAGAUAGUUUAUUUCCUGAACGUGUAGACUUCCCUAGCAGGCAUAUAGGACCUAGAGAUCAAGAUGUAGUGACUAUGUUGGAUUCGCUCGGUUAUAAGAGCUUAGAUCAAUUAACGGACGAUGCAGUACCACAAAAAAUUCAGCUUCAUGGUCUCAUGGACAUCAGUGAACCUAUGAGUGAACACGAUCUUAUUGAAACCGUUCGUAAAAUAUCAGAGAAAAAUCAAAUAUGGCGGUCUUACAUAGGCAUGGGUUAUCACAACUGCUGUGUCCCACACAGCAUUAUGCGCAAUUUAUUCGAAAAUCCAGGAUGGACUACACAAUAUACCCCGUAUCAACCAGAAAUCGCACAAGGAAGAUUAGAGAGUCUCCUGAAUUAUCAGACUAUGGUCAGCGACCUCACUGGAUUAGACGUCGCUAACGCAUCAUUGCUUGAUGAGGGCACCGCUGCAGCUGAAGCGUUAUCUCUUUGUCAUAGGUUAAACAAGCGAAUGAAAUUCGUAGUAUCAGAGAGGCUGCACCCACAAACGUUAGCUGUAGUACAAACUCGUCUCGAUGCUUUGGGACUAGAAGUCAGCGUGGUACCGGAUGUUCGACAAGUGGACUUCGCUCAGAGAGACAUAUCUGCAGUGUUGCUACAGUGCCCAGAUACAAGGGGCUUGGUAUAUGAUUAUUCUGGACUGGCGGCUGCUGCACAUGAACAUGGUACAUUAGUGGUGGUGGCAACGGAUUUGUUAGCACUCGCUCUUUUGCGACCGCCGGCGGAAUGUGGCGCUGCCCUCGCAGUUGGUACAUCGCAGCGAUUGGGAGUUCCCCUAGGCUACGGAGGACCACACGCCGGUUUCUUCGCGGCCGAGCAUCAGCUAGUUCGUCUGAUGCCUGGCCGUAUGGUUGGAGUUACUAGAGAUGCUACUGGAAGAGAUGCUUACAGGUUAGCACUUCAAACAAGAGAACAGCACAUACGUAGGGACAAGGCGACUUCUAACAUUUGUACAGCACAAGCGCUGUUAGCCAAUAUGUCUGCUAUGUAUGCAGUCUACCACGGCCCGCAAGGUUUGAGAGACAUCGCGACUAGAGUUCAUAAUGCGACUCUUGUACUAGACCACGGAAUAAGGGAACGUGGUCACAAACAAUCCAACGAAGUCUAUUUUGACACACUCCACGUAGUCCCUCAUUCUGAACACGAUGCCAGUGCGAUCAAGUCACGCGCACAACAGAAGAAGAUCAACCUUAGGUAUUUUGAUGAUGGUGCUGUAGGAGUAGCCCUGGAUGAGACUACUACAAUGGAAGACGUUAAUGACUUGCUGUGGAUUUUCGAUGCCAAACCCGUUGAAGAGGUAACAAAAUGUGAUGACGUAAGAAGCCGUAGCGUGCAACAAGGCCCAUUCAGACGAACAUCUCCAUAUCUAACCCACCCUGUCUUCAAUAUGCAUCACUCCGAAACAAGAAUAGUCCGCUACAUGAAGCGCCUUGAGAACAAAGAUGUGUCAUUAGUUCAUUCGAUGAUUCCAUUGGGAUCUUGUACGAUGAAGCUGAACUCUACAACGGAGAUGAUGCCGUGUUCAUUCAAGCACUUUACUGACAUCCACCCGUUCGCUCCACUAGACCAGUGUAAAGGAUACCAUCAGUUGUUUGAAGAGCUAGCUCGUGAUCUCUGUGCCGUUACAGGAUACGAUCGCGUCUCUUUCCAACCUAACAGUGGUGCUCAAGGCGAGUACGCGGGUUUGCGUACAAUAAAGCGUUACCACGAGUUCCGUGGUGACACAAAGCGUAACAUCUGCCUGAUCCCGGUGAGCGCGCACGGCACCAACCCUGCGUCUGCGCACAUGGCCGGUAUGCGCGUCUGCGCCAUACGAGUUACUCCCUCUGGUGACAUAGAUAUGGCACAUCUUAAAGAGAAGGUAGAGGAGCACAGCGAGAAUAUAUCAUGUCUGAUGUUGACUUACCCGAGUACCUUCGGAGUAUUUGAGGAGCGUGCAGCUGAUGUGUGUGAGUUGGUGCACAAACACGGUGGCCAAGUGUACCUGGACGGAGCCAAUAUGAACGCACAGGUGGGCCUUUGCCGACCUGGAGACUACGGCAGUGACGUGUCACAUUUAAACUUACACAAAACGUUCUGCAUCCCUCAUGGCGGUGGAGGUCCUGGCAUGGGACCCAUUGGAGUGAAAGCUCACCUGGCACCAUUCUUGCCGUCACAUCCUGUUGUUGAUCCAUUAGCAGACUUGGGUGACGCAGCUCAUAGUUUCGGAUCUGUGAGUGCUGCACCGUUUGGAUCAUCGGCUAUCCUACCUAUUUCCUGGGCUUAUAUUAAGAUGAUGGGUCCCAAAGGAUUGAGGCGUGCUACUCAGGUGGCUAUUCUAAACGCGAACUACAUGUCUAAACGACUAGAGGGCCAUUACAAAACUUUGUACAAGGGCGAACGAGGUCUUGUGGCACACGAAUUUAUCAUCGACGUCAGGGAUUUGAAGAAGACUGCCAAUAUAGAGCCUGGCGACAUUGCGAAAAGACUUAUGGACUUCGGUUUCCACGCCCCUACAAUGUCGUGGCCAGUGGCUGGCACUUUAAUGAUAGAGCCCACGGAGUCUGAGGAUCUUCAGGAGAUGGACCGCUUCUGUGAAGCUCUGAUCGCAAUUAGAAAGGAAAUCAAAGACAUUGAAGAUGGAAAUAUGGACAAGCGUCUAAAUCCCUUAAAGAUGGCUCCACAUACGCAAGAGGAAGUCAUUUCUGAAGACUGGAAUCGCCCGUACAGCCGUCAACAGGCUGCAUUCCCAGCGCCAUUUGUGAAAGGAGAAACGAAAAUUUGGCCCACUGUGGGUCGUAUUGAUGACAUGUAUGGAGACAAACAUCUUGUGUGUACGUGCCCACCGGUGCUGGACGAUUUCUAAGCUAUCUGCAAUGUAUUUAAAUUAAUUUAUGGGAUGACAUUAAAUAAAAACGAAAUGUUUUUAGCCUCUUAUAUCCCAAAUGUUUUGUAUUAUUUUUAUUUUAUGUUACUUAAGGGUGUGAUAAAUUAAUAAUGAAAGAAUAAACCAUCUGUCGCAUUAUGUAUAUUUUCUCAAUACUGUUGUAGAAUAAAAUAUUGUCUUCUAACAACAUAAUCUUCUUCACUUUGCAUAUUAUUCUAUAGCAGUACAAAUAAGUAAUUGCCGUAAAUUAUAUUGACUUCAAACAGUAAUCUAUCUACCUUAUUAUUGUACAAAUAUUUUAAUAUUGCGAAGGAUUAUUAUUUAUUACGCAUAACAUUUAAAUUGGAUUCAAGGCAACGUGUUUGUUUUGUUACUAGCUCAAAUUACUAUUUGAAAUACCAAAGUUUCACAUUACAUAACAAUAUUAAUUUGUAAACUUCUCGCAAGCGCUUUAUAUUUAGUGAAACAUUUUGUAUUUCAAAUGUACGUAUAAUAUUUCUAAACUGUAAUAUUAAUAGAGCAACAUUUUAGCUUCCAAGCUUUAAAACAAAACAAAUACUUAAAUUUAAUAUCUAGCAGCAGAUAAGUUUUACAUUCAAAAUAUAUAAUUUGGUAACAUAAUAUGUAAAUCAUAAAACUAAAUUAAAACAAUACAAUUCUAAAAGUC